UCAGUACAUGUGAGUGUGUCAUUCCCUGUGUGGCACAACAGAAGGUGAUAGUUCUGAUGUAAUGGCUCAGACAAUUUCUGGUUCUGCCCCUCAGAGCUUCUCAGUCUAUGUCUCUGUGUAAAUUUCUCUCUGUGUGUGUGUGUGUGUGUGUGUGUGUGUGUGUGUGUGUGUGUGUAUGGGUGUGUGUUUGUGUGUGUGUGUGUGUAUGGGUGUGUGUUUGUGUGUGUGUGUGUGUCUUUGUAUCCCUUUGUAUAUUUCUCUGUCUUAAUGAGUUAGUUUUAUUUAAUUCCCUUUGUGUGUAAAUGUCAUUUUCUGGACUCUUGCACGUGUCUCUCCCUCAGCAUGUCUGUGUGUCCCUCUAUCUCCCUGUACGUCUGUAUUCCCUCCCUCUCCCUGUCUCCCCUUUUGUGUAUGUGCCAGUCUGUGCCCCUCUCUCUCUAUACCUGGCUGGCACUAUGUCUCCCUGAGUGUCUUUCCCUGUCACCACGUGGGUCUCUGCUUGUUCCUCUCCCUGCAUUCCUAUGUCCCUCAUUGUAACUUUGUGUGUGUGGAUUUGUCUGUCUCUCUCUGUCUGACAUUGCGUGUCUCCCUGUGUGUAACUCUCGCUGUGCCUGUGUCUCUGUUCCACCCCGUCUCUCACCCUCUGUCACUGUGUGUCCUUCUCUGUCUCUGUCCCCUCCGUCACUCUCUCUCUUUCUAUCACUCUCUACCUCUGUCUCUCUUUCCUCUGUUUGUCCUUUUAUCUGUCUCUAUCUCUGUCCCUCUCUCUGUUUCUGUCACUCUCUCUCUCUCUCUCUCUCUCUCUGUCUUACUGUGUGAGAUAGUUUGCACUUUCCUUAUUGGUUAGCGGACGCCUCCCCAGAAACAGAUUUGUUGGUGUGUGGGGGAAUGUAAUUAUCAGAUUGAAAAAUCAGGGCGGGCUGCAGAGACAGAGAGAGACAGAGAGAGGAUCCAGAGGCAGGGAAACGCCGACAGAAGCGCCAGGGAAUAAAUACUCCGGAGCUGUGGGGUCGCAGCUCCCGGGGUGAUUCGGAAGCUCCAUCCGAGCCUGAGGACGAAGGAGCAGCUGGAAUCUCCGAAGCUGCCGGCCAGAGAAACACAGCGAUACCAGCCAGUGAGACAGUCUUUCUCCAGAGAGCUUUUGCAAUGCCACGGUCAUUUCUGGUGAAGAUAAAAAAAACUUACCAUCAGGUUCGCUCCACCGAUGAUGAAGUGUUUCCCAAACUGGAGCCAGCACCAUCGCCUCCUGCUGAUUCGACUUCUCAGACUCCAGGACAUUGUGUAGAACCCAAGGCUGGGGUGAAAGGUCAUGACACCCAACCUGAAUGGGAGGGGGUCCCAUGGGAGAACAGCGCAGCCAAUGAGAAGGCAUCUCCAUGUCACAUGACCAAGGACCCCAUCCACACCUUCUGUUCAGAGUCAGGCUCGGUAGCCCUGCGAUCGGCCAGCGAUGAAGAAUGCUUGCUGUCUCCGAUCUCUGCGCCUGGCUUCCCCUGGGGUCGAUUCCAGAAUGUGUAUGAUCUGUGCCAUCUCUCCUCUGGCUUUCCCUCCUCUCUCCUGGUGGGCACAGCUGAUUUGUAUGGGCGCCGUGUUUCGAGACCCUUGGAGAUUGACCAACCGAUUGACUACAGCACCCACUACAGCUCAGUAUCCAGCUCCUACAACUGCAUCAAGUGUAACAAGGUCUUCUCCACCGCCCAUGGACUUGAGGUCCAUGUCAGGAGAUCACACAACGGGAUUCGACCUUUUGCUUGUGACUUGUGUGGGAAAACAUUUGGUCACGCAGUCAGCCUGGAGCAACACAUGAACAUCCACUCACAGGAGAGAAUCUUUGAAUGUAAAAUGUGUGGGAAAAGCUUCAAGAGAUCAUCAACAUUGUCCACCCACCUGCUGAUCCACUCGGACACCCGGCCCUAUCCAUGCCAGUACUGUGGGAAACGCUUCCACCAGAAAUCUGACAUGAAGAAGCACACGUACAUCCACACAGGAGAGAAGCCUCACAAGUGCCAGGUGUGUGGGAAGUCAUUCAGUCAGAGCUCGAACCUGAUCACCCACAGCCGCAAGCAUUCGGGCUUCAAACCUUUUGGCUGCGAGCUCUGCGCCAAAGGCUUUCAGCGCAAAGUGGACCUCCGACGUCACCGGGAGACCCAGCACGGCCUGAAGGCAUAGGAACGGCCAGCGAUCCCGCACUUUUCAGCAUGGCACUGCAGAGUCAACUGGCAGCACCCCCCUACCCUGCAAGCUCUCGCUCCUAAUACUGGCUGUGGGGGAGAGUGACACUCGGCGUCUUAUUACAGGGCAGAGCUGGAAAGUGGGGGGAGACCGUGGCGUUGUGGUCGUGUCAGUGAUCCCUGACCAAUGUCCAGACCCAGGUUCAAAUCCUACCGCCCCCACCACAGCUGAUUUGAUGAAAUUUAAACUCAACUGAUGAUCAUCUCCUUAACAGCAUCAACUGUUGUGGGAGCCCUGUCACUGAUUCACCGAAGCCCUUUGCAGGGGGUGGGGGAAAUCUGCCAUCCUUACCCAGCCUGGCCUACAUGUGACUCCAGACCCACAGCAACAGGGCUCACCCCUAAUGGCCCUUUGAAAUGUCCUGCAGAUCCAGUCUGUUCAAGGGCAGUUAGGGGGAGGGUCACAAAUGCUGGAACAUCUGAUCCCUCUGUGCUGUCAGCUGUCCUGAACUUUUCUGUCAUCACUUUGGAGAUGGCCUGCGUGACUUCUGUUAACAUUACUGUAAUCAGAAAUCCCCCCCGUCCCACCCGCAACAGAGAGGUCACUUUAUCACAGAUUGACUCUCAUCGCUGUCAGGCUACCACCUUCCUCUCUAACCUCUCAAUCUCCGUCGGUGCCUAAAAUGCCUCAUCAUCUCUGCAAUUCUCUACACACUGACCUCUUGUGUGCUGCACAGUUCCUUUGCUCUCUCUCAGCAGUAUCGACCUCAAGCUUUGCAAUCCUCCCCCUACACCUCUCCACGCAUCUCUCUCCACUUUAAGACACUCCUAAAAAUCUACCUCUUUGACCACAGACUCGGUUUGUGCUAAGCUGAACUAACAGCUACUUCUUUUUACUUUGCUCAAUGUCAAACUUUCUCUGAUUCCACACCUGUGGAAACACCAUGGGAUAUUUUAUUAGCUGCAAGAUGGGCGGCUUGGUGGUGAGCACUGCAGCCUCACAGCACCAGGGACCCGGGUUCAAUUCCACCCUCGGGCGACUGUCUGUGUGGAGUUUGCACGUUCUCCCCGUGUCUGUGUGGGUUUCCUCCGGGUGCUCCGGUUUCCUCCCACAGUCCAAAGAUGUGCAGGCUAGGUGGAUUGGCCAUGCUAAAUUACCCGUAGUGUUCAGGGGUGUGUAGAUUGGUGGAUGCUGUGUGGACUCGUUGGGCUGAAGGGCCUGGUUCCACACUGUAGGGAUCCUAUGGUCUAAAUGCAAGUCUUUGUUGCAGAUUAACUUAAGUCAAACCAACCCAGAAGCUACUGAGUUCUGAAGCAGUCAUUCUGCACUUGAAACAUUAACUGUUUCUCUCCAGAAGCUGCCAGACUUGCUGAGCCUUUCCAGCACUUUCUGACCUUGUUUCCAAUCUCCAACAUCUGCAGUUAUAGAGUCACGCGGCUCUUUGUUUUAAUUUAUUAAGAAGGCUCCUGGGUUAGGCACUCGGUGUAUGAUGGUGUGGAAGGGUUAGGGGGCGUGGGGGACCUCAGUGCCACUGGGCGUGUGGAGGGCGGGGGGAUACGGUCCAACUUGGGGGUUUGUGCCCUCAGAUGCCAUCCCCUGGCCUGAGCAGCUGAACAUCGAUGGAGGGAUGAGGAAAGGAACAGAAUGGUUUCAGAGAAGAUAACUAACUUUGUAUUGGAAACCUUGCUUUAAUUGCAGUGUUUCCUUUUAAGCACAAUAUUAGACAAAAGAAAACAUAGAAUCUAGAGCAGGAGGAGGCCAUUCGGCCCCUCGAGCCUGCUUUGCUAUUCAAUUGGACCAUGGCUGACCAUCCAACUGUUUAUAGUUGUUCCUGCUUUCCCCCAGAUCCAUACUCAGUGACCCCCAGUGCCCUCGCACUUCCACAACUUUUUGCUGGGUAGGAAUUUCACAGAUUCACCAGCCUCUGAGUGAAGAGAUUCCUUGUGUCACUCCUCAGUGGUCUACUCUAUAUCCCCCAGAGACAGUGUCCCUGGUCCCUGAGGUGCUGGAGAGGGGUCACUGGCCUCAAAACAUAAAUGCUGUUUCCUCUUCAUGGAUGCUGUCAGACCCACUGAGUUUCUCCAACAUACUUGUAGUUUUGUUUGUCCCUGGUUCUUGACUCCCCGACCAGUGUAAACAUCCUCCCUGCACCUUGUGUGGCCAAUUCCUAGUAAACGUCUUUAUUUUGCAGUCAGACUGUACAGAUCAGAAACAGGCCAUUUGCUCCUAAUGGGCCAUGCUAGCCUCGGUUAUUUAUGUCACAUCUAAGCCUGCCAGCUCUCCUUCAUCUCACCUUGACAUGCCCCCUUCAAUACAUUCACCUCUCCCUAAUGUAGUUAUUCAGCAUCUCCCUGUACUGUGUUCACUUCAUCCAUUCCUUGUGGAGCAGGGUUGGGGGGGUACAUCCAUAUUCUCAUCACUCUCAGCAUGAAGAGGCUUCUGCAGAAUUCCUGACUGGAUUUAUUUGUGACCGUCUGAUACUUUUGACUCCUAGUUUUAAUCUCUGCCAUUAGUGGAAACGCGCUCUCUCUCUCUCCAUCUAACCUGCCAAAGCUUGGGUGAAAACCUCUAUUAUGUUGCCCCUCAGGUUCCUUUUCUCUUCAGAAGGCAUCUCCAACUUGUUUAUAUUUUCCUGGUGGUGAUAAAUCUCGCAGGCUGGUAUCAUCCUCAAAAAUUCCCAUCUGUUGCUGCAGGAUUUGUGUUCGAAGAGUUGUUUGUUACUUUCCUGGGUUAAAGCAUUCGCGCCCAGUCAUUUGGCCUGCUCCAGUGUAAGUCCUCGCGGGGAAUGAAGACCUAUCCUACCCCAGCACCGGGGAAGGGUGGAAUUAGCAAAGGGUGCAGCUUGGAAGGAGACCAUUCACCGCAUUGUACCCCUGCUAGCUCUUUCAAAGAGCUGUCAAUAUUCCAGCAAUUUGAAACUUGCUAUGUUUUCACAGACUCAUAUGCUGCAGUGUCAUGAGAGAAAGCAAUGACCAGAGGUGAAUUUAACCUGAGGACGCCUAUGCUUUGAGUUGGUGGAGGGGUAGGGUUGAGAAAGCAGGUCCUUCGGGAUGACCUUAGUCACUCCAGAAAUUGAACCCAUGCUGUUGGGGGUUACCCUGCAUUGCAAACCAGCUGUCCAGCCAACUGAGCUAACCCUUCCCCCUAACUAUUUCUCCAAUUCCCUUUGGAAAGUCACUAUUGAAUCACACUCUGGGUCACAACUUCCUGCUUUUUAAACAGAUUGGUUUAAAUCUGAAAAUCACAGCAGGUCAGGCAGCAUCCAUGGAGAAAGAGAGAGAGCUAACAUUUCAAAUCUAGAUGACUCUUCUUCAAAACUGGUAAUCAGAGCUCCCAUGAAGAGUGGUCUAGACAUUAGUGAAAUGUUAGCUCGCUUCCUCUUCAUAGAUGCUACCUGACCUGUGACCUCCAGGACUUUUUGUUUUCAGUACAGAGUCCAGCGUCUGCAGUCACUUGCUCCUGCAUUGUGUUUUAAAUCUGUGUCCUACAGUUUCCUUCUCUCCCAGAUCCUUUGGGGACAGUGGACUGGACCUUACUGAUGUAGCAGCAUGGAACCCUCUCCCCAGCACCCCCAAUUUGCCAUCUAAUCCCAAUCCUGGGCCCAGGCACUCGCAAAGAUACCAAGAUGAGUUGGAGGUCCAUUCCCUGACAGCAGUGCGGGUGCACUGUGACUCUUUGGCAGAGGUCCUGAAGGGGACGCCCAGUGGAAGCACCUCUUCAUUUCUCCCGCCACUCUGUUAAAUAUUCUCAGCAGUGAGCAGGCAGCUGCCGGUCUCUGAGACUGUGACUCUCCCUGGAUGCUGGCAAAUGAAUUGAGCCAACCCUGCCUUGCUGGGCAGGGUAGGCCUAACCGUGCCAGGAUGUUGCUGAGGGUCUGAUCCGAGAAACUGCUGCACCCCCCCCACCCCGCAUCCCUGUCCUCCAGCACACACACCUUCCCCCCGCACCCCCGCCACCCCGCCGACCCACCAAUUCCAGGGUGAGAGAAACGCCAGAAGUUUAUUCAAACUGGUGACAGAGUGGGAGGAAGGGAUGCACUCGGUACUGCAGGAAGGAAACUGACCGUGUCCCAGGUCACAGUCAUGGUGUGACACUGAUGAUACUAACUCUCCAGGGUUAAAAGAGCAUCUCCAAGAGUUAGGCUAGACCCUCCCUGUCGAGAGACCCAAACCCGGGUAAAACUCAGCUCAGGGGCUGUCAAGGAAAUUGUAUUUUUUUUUCAGAAAAUUCUUUUUGAAUACUUUUCCUUGUCAUAUCAGACCUGUUAAGUCAAGCCCUCUUGGUCAACUGUCAAGAAUCCGGGAGUCCCUACGGUGCCGAAAGGGGCCAUGCAGCCCAUCAAAAUCUGCACUGGCCCUCGGAAGAGAAUCCUGUCCAGAUCCACCCCGUUCCCCAUAACCUCCCACGGGGGGUUUCUCCCCAUGGCUAACCGACCUAAACUGCUCAUCCCAAAACAUUACAGGCCAGCUUAGCAUGGCCGAUCCAGCUAGCCUGCACGUCUCCAGACUGUGGGAGGAAACCGGAGAACCCGGAGGAAACCCACGCAGACACGGGGAGAAUGUGCAAACUCCACACAGACAGUCGCCUGAGGCUGGGAUCGAACCCGAGCCACCAGGCCACUCUGAUAUUCAGAAGAAUCAUCCGAUGGACAGCUGAGAAUUCCACUCCCGUUCUGACUGGCUGUGGGCGCUGUGAAAAUGGACACAUCAAGUGAACGUGUUGGGUAGGUGGGUGGGGAGGGGGCGCAAUUGGAGACGAAGAAACCACGAUGUCCAAUGACAGUUGACUGGGAAAGGGGUGGGAAAGCGGAUGUGAGGAAUUUCGGAUCAGCCAUGUUCCUGUUGAAUGGUGGAGCAGGUUCGAGGGGCCAAAUGGCCUCUUUCUGCUCUUAUUCCUUACGGUCUUGUUCCUAUGCCGAAGCUUCUUUAAUGGUUAUUUUGCUUCUUUCUGCCUCUGAUGCUGGAUGAAAUUUAUUGAGAAUAAAUUCUUGCUGAGCCAA